AUGUCUUAUCAAUGUGCUGAUGAAAAACUCUUGAAAUCUGAAAUUUCAUAUCCGGAUUUACAUUCAGAUUUUAUGUCUAGAAAUGAACAUUUGUUCUCUUUUAAGUUUCUUACAAAUCAGAAACCAUUUCAAGAAGACAAUUUACGCGUCUUGGGUUCUAGCAAUGGUUUGGUUCUUUGUUAUUCAGUACAGUCAGAUGAUAUGAUGAGGUAUCAUGUUUGUAAUCCACUUACUCAGCAAUGGGUUUCACUUCCUUCACCACCGCCUCCCCGGGCCAGAGGAUUAGAUGUUAUUGGUAUAUUUUGUGAGUAUUCUUCAUCAUUCACAAGUUGUUGUUAUAAGGUUGUACGCAUCCCUCUAUUUGACGAGUCUUACACAAAAGAAUUUAAUGUUGAUAUAUUUUCUUCUGAAAUGGGUGUGUGGGAGAGGUUUCAAGUUUCGUGUGAUAAACUUGUUCAGCAGGCAUGGUCUAUUCUUGAUAAAGUUGUUAUCCUUGAUGGUGUUUUGUUUUGGAUUGAAGGGAGGAACAGAAUGUUAGUUUACAAUUUCGAUCAGAAAAAUAAAAUUGAUGAACAUCGAUGUAGUUUGAUUAGUUUGCCAGAUGAGGAGUUUGAUGAUUAUUAUAAGUAUAGGUACUCUGAAAGUAUUCUUGGGGAGUCUGGAGGCUGGGUCUGUUACGCUAAAAUUAAAAUUUCAACAAGGGAUCUGACUGUGAGCGUUUGGGUGCUCGAUGGGGUCAACUGGAAAAUAUUGCACAAUAAAAUUUCAACAGACGACAGUAUCUUUAAAGAAAUGCUUUCUCGGAUAGGUGUCUCUAAAGAAAUGCUUUCUCGGACAGGUGAAUUUGCAAGAAUCCAAGUUUUAGGUUUCAGUCCGAUGGAUCGUAAUGUUGUUUUGCUCGGUUGCAAGCACUGUGUUUGGGGGUUCAACAUCCAAACCAGAAGCUUUGAAGAGCUCUAUGGGGAUAAAAGACAUGUAGAUCAUACAGGGAGGAUGUUCCUGCCGUCUGUGCUAACGCCAAUGCCAACAGUACUUCCACCGCCCUCUUGGAUAGACACUUAG